UCGGGGUCCCUACCCGGCUCCCGGCCUUAUGCUGAGCGCCCCCUCCAGCCGGGGUCUCCGCCGCAUAGCGGGGCAGUCCCACUCCCCUUACCUGGCUCGGCUGCUCUGCCUGCUCCGAGGACGCCAUCUUUCUGAGGCCUGACUAAUCAACCGCCGCUGGGCGAGGUUUCUCCCAGGCGCCCUCGCUCUCGCCCUCCCGCCCAGACUAAGGAGGAAAAAACAAACUUUUCCAUAGUAGCAGUAUUAAAACAAAGAUGAAUAUGUUGUCAAGAGGCAUCUGAACAAUCUCCAACAGUGCCGAGCUUCGCAUUUCCCCUUUCCUCCCCGAUGCAUUUGAGACUUUAAUGCUUACUAUAUUUAUUUAAGCGUUUUGUUCUGAGACUCCAAACUAAUUUGCACAGUUGAAGCAGGAAAUAGAAUGGGCGGAAACAUGCGGGUGUCUGUAUUAGCAUUAUGCAUCUCAUAUGCGAAUAGGAAUGCUCUAAAAAUUCAAUACAGUAUACAUGCGUGUGCAUCUUCAUGCAAAAUAAGUCUCUAUUGGCCUUAUUUAUGAACGCGCGAAUGCAGCUCCUAAAAGGUAAAAACAACUCCUAGGCUGAAUCGCGCGAUAGAACGAAAGCGGCUUUAAACCCAGAGACUACAGUCUCCGGCAUGCCUCGACGCCACACGUGAUUAGCGGCAACUAGAACUACAUCGCCCGGCGUGCCCUGGUCUCACGUGUGAUUUGCUGCGGAGCGAACUACAUCUCCCGGCAGGCUGCGGAAGGGGGUCGAGUAGAAGGACCGUCGCUCCGGCCUCCCGCGACUUCUCGAAGCCGGGCAGGUCCCACCUUGUAGAGGAUGGAGGUGACCGGGGAAGCCGGGGUACCAGAAUCUGGCGAGAUCCGGACUCUAAAGCCGUGUCUGCUGCGCCGCAACUACAGCCGCGAACAGCACGGCGUGGCCGCCUCCUGCCUCGAAGACCUGAGGAGCAAGGCCUGUGACAUUCUGGCCAUUGAUAAGUCCCUGACACCAGUCACCCUGGUCCUGGCAGAGGAUGGCACCAUAGUGGAUGAUGACGAUUACUUUCUGUGUCUACCUUCCAAUACUAAGUUUGUGGCGUUGGCCAAUAAUGAGAAAUGGGCAUACAACAAUUCAGAUGGAGGUACAGCUUGGAUUUCCCAAGAGUCCUUUGAUGUAGAUGAAACAGACAGCGGGGCAGGGUUGAAGUGGAAGAACGUGGCCAGGCAGCUGAAAGAAGAUCUGUCCAGCAUCAUCCUCCUAUCAGAGGAGGACCUCCAGAUGCUUGUUGACGCUCCCUGCUCAGACCUGGCUCAGGAACUACAUCAGAGUUGUGCCACCGUCCAGCGGCUACAGCACACGCUCCAGCAGGUGCUUGACCAAAGAGAGGAAGUGCGUCAGUCCAAGCAGCUCCUGCAGCUGUACCUCCAGGCUUUGGAGAAAGAGGGCAGCCUCUUGUCAAAGCAGGAAGAGUCCAAAGCUGCCUUUGGUGAGGAGGCGGAUGCAGUAGACACGGGUAUCAGCAGAGAGACCUCCUCGGACGUUGCACUGGCGAGCCACAUCCUUACUGCACUGAGGGAGAAGCCAGCUCCAGAGCUGAGCUUAUCUAGUCAGAAUUUGGAGUUGGUUACCAAGGAAGACCCCAAAGCGCUGGCUGUUGCCUUGAACUGGGACAUAAAGAAGACGGAGACUGUUCAAGAGGCCUGUGAGCGGGAGCUCGCCCUGCGCCUGCAGCAGAUGCAGAGCUUGCAUUCUCUCCGGAGCAUCUCAGCAAGCAAGGCCUCACGACCUGGUGACCUGCAGAAUCCUAAGCGAGCCAGACAGGAUCCCACAUAGCAGCAGUGGGAAGUGUGCCAAGGAAGCUCUGUGGCGUUGUGAUAUUGGUAGACACCCUCAGCCUCAUCAUUUGACUACCUAUGUACUACUCUACCCCCUGCCUUAGAACACCUUCCAGAGAAGCUAUUCCAGGUGUCAACAUAUGCCCUUCCACGAAUUUUUUUUUUUUAGCCCCACCAGCUUCACGACUUCUGCCAAUUUUGAAUGAUAUAGCUGCACCAACAAUAUCCCGCCUCCUCUGAUUACAUAUGAUGUUCUCUGUUCAAAAGUAAUUGGCAGUGAUUGGCCGGGCACGGUGGUUCACGCCUGUAAUCCCAGCACUGGGAGGCCAAGGAGGGCAGAUCAUGAGGUCAGGAGAUCAAGACCAUCCUGGCUAACACGGUGAAACCCCGUCUCUACUAAAAAUACAAAAAAAAUUAGCCAGCCAUGGUGGCGGGUGCCUGUAAUCCCAGCUACUUGGGAGGCUGAGGCAGGAGAAUGGCAUGAACCCGGGAGGCGGAGCUUGCAGUGAGCUGAGAUUGCGCCACUGCACUCCAGCCUGGGUGACAGAGCGAGACUCCGUCUCAAAAAAAAAAAAAAAAAAAGUAAUUGGCGGUGAUUAUGGGCGUACUGCCUAACAUUUAGCCCUGCCCCAUGUGGAACAUGUUUAAAAAAAAAAAAAAAGCCAGGCCAGGUGUGGUGGCUCACGCUUGUAAUCCCAGCACUUUGGGAGGCCGAGGCGGGUGGAUCACGAGGUCAGGAGAUCAAGACCAUCCUGGCUAACACAGUGAAACGUGUCUCUACUAAAAGUACAAAAAACUAGCUGGGCGUGGUGGCAGGAGCCUGUAGUCCCAGCUACCCGGGAGGCUGAGGCAGGAGAAUUGCUUGAACCGGGGAGGCAGAAGUUGCAGUGAGCCGAGAUUAUGCCACUGCACUCCAGCCUGGGCGACAGAGUGACACUCUGUCUGAAAAAAAAAAAAAAAGGACAGGCACCACAGUGGCUCAAACCUUUGAUCCCAGCACUUUGGAGGCCGAUGCAGGUGGAUCACAUGAGGUCAGGAGUUCAAGACCAACCUGGUCAAUAUGGUGAAACCCCGUCUCUACUAAAAAUACAAAAAUUAGCCGGGCAUGAUGGCGGGUGCCUGUAAUCCCAGCUACUCGGUAGGCAGAGGUUGCAGUGAGCUGAGCGCGCACCACUGCACUCCAGCCUGGGUGACAGAGCGAGACUCCGUAUCGCAAAAAAAAAAAAAAAAGUUUUGUUUUUUUGAGACGGAGUCUCACUCUGUCACCUAGUCUGGAGUGCAGUGGCACACUCUCGGCUCACUGCAACCCCCACCUCCCAGGUUCAAGUGAUUCUCCUGUCUCAGCCUCCCGAGCAGCUGGGAUUACAGGCGCGUGCCACCAUGCCCGGCUAAUUUUUGUAUUUUUAGUAGAGACGGGGUUUUGUCACUUUGGCCAGGCUGGUCUCAAACUCCUGACCUCAGGUGAUCCACCCACCUCAGCCUCCCAAAGUGCUGGGAUUACAGGCGUGAGCCACCACCCCUGGCCAGAAAAAAAAGUUUUUAAAUAAAGUAAUUGUCAGCUUAGGCAACAUAGCAAGACCCUGUCUCUACAAAAAAAAUUUUUAAGAUAGCCAGGCAUGGUGGUACUGACCUAUAAUCCUAGCUACUCUGGAGGCUAAGGUGAGAGGAUCGCUUGAGCCCAGGAGCUCAAGGCUGAUCAUGCCACCAUACUCCAGCCUGGAUGAUAGAGUAAGACCCUACUUUUUUUUUUUUUUUUUUUUUAAAGGUAAUUAUCAAGGGCAGUGAAAAGAAAUGGUCAUAUUUCCAACUCAUUAUCCAUAUUCUGAAGAUAGUACUGCAGAAUUUUAAGCAGAGAUAGUGGUGAAGAUGGUGACAUUAUAGAGUGUUGACUAUGGCCACAAACUUGUUUCUCCAGUUAAUGAAUUUUUUUUUUUGUUUGUUUAAAGAUACAUAUUAAGCUUGUAGACCAUAGGGACAUACGGAGAGUCCAUUUCUAAUAUCUAAUUCAGUAUUGUGAAAUUAUAUCUCACCACUGUGAAACUCUUCAGUUUUCUAAUUGCUUUAUCAGCAGGGGGUAUAAAAGAUCAUUAAAGCAAUUUCCACAUGC